AUGGAAUCGAGACGCUCCCGCAAAAGGGCUUCCUCUCGCUGUGGCGGUGGUGGCGGCGGCGGCGGCCCUCGGAGCGACACCAGAGCGCAGACCGAGGGAGGAGAAGCCCCCGAUACCCGCGGCGGCGGCCCCGCCUCUCCUGGUCGAUUUCCAUCGCUCUGUUUUCGCAAACUUGAUGUGGAGGCGAGGGCUGCGUUAGUAACUUUCAUUUCCGAGACGCAAACGCCCGCAGUGCAACUGCUCGGUGGGGGGAUCCCGCGCCCACCUCUGAUCCUGGACAGACGCGCCCCCCGAACCCUUGGAAGCCAUCCUCAGCGCGUGGGAGCGCGCUUUUGCCUCAGCAGCCUCUCUCCCCCUCCCCCUUCCUCCGCGGACCCGGGAACAUCCAUCCCGCUCGGCCAGAUACUCGGACGCUUGUGGCGCUUGACAGCAACUCACACUCCAGCCUGCGACCCCGCUUUCUCCCCUCCAGGCCUCGAAAAGGCCGGUGUGGCCCCCCCGGACCUGGGAGGGCUCGUUCCAGGCGGGUCGUCUCUCCGCAGUGAGCCAGGAGCGCUGGGGGGAGGUCCUUGCGCAUGCCAGGUGCACAGACGACGCGCGUUCCAGCCCCAGUGCCGGUGUUCCGCGGCGGGUCGGGCACUGCCUGAGAGGCUGCGACCCCACCGCCCUCCCGGUCUUCGUCUCAAGUGCGGCGGGGACUCUCCCUCGCUCAGCGCGGACCUUUCAGACGCUGCCGGACUCGCGGCCCUGCGCCGCUGCGGCCAGUCGCGCCCGGCUAACUUUGAAGGAGGAAAACUGAGUAGCCGGGCUGGAGGGAGGGGGCUCGGGGCCGCGCGGCGCUCUCUUGGCCCCUCGGAGCCCCCGGGCCCCCAGAGAGCCCCCACCGAGUCUGCCGCAACCUCAACAUUGGAGCCGGCGCGGGUGUCCCCCCCGCGCCGCCGGGCCGCCCUGGGCGGGACUCCUCCCGAGGCCUCCGGGGCCCCGGGGCGCGCGCAACAGGCGGCCCAAGUCGGCGGGAAGCUGGAGCGCCGGCGGCGUCGUUCUCGGAGGGGUGUGGAGAGGCGAGGCCAGGCAGAGCCCCGCGCAGCCAUGGAGUCGCUCCUGCUGCCGGUGCUGCUGCUGCUGGCCGUACUGUGGACACAGGCGGCCGCUCUCAUUAACCUCAAGUACUCGGUAGAAGAAGAGCAGCGCGCCGGGACAGUGAUAGCCAACGUGGCCAAGGACGCGCGCGAGGCGGGCUUCGCUCUGGACCCACGACAGGCCUCUGCCUUCCGUGUGGUGUCCAACUCGGCUCCACACCUGGUGGACAUCAACCCCAGCUCGGGCUUGCUGGUCACCAAACAGAAGAUCGACCGUGACCUGCUUUGCCGCCAGAGCCCCAAGUGCAUCAUCUCGCUUGAGGUUAUGUCCAGCUCAAUGGAGAUCUGCGUGAUUAAGGUGGAGAUCAAGGACCUGAACGACAAUGCUCCAAGCUUCCCUGCGGCACAGAUCGAGCUGGAGAUCUCGGAGGCGGCCAGCCCAGGUACACGCAUUCCGUUGGACAGCGCCUAUGACCCGGACUCUGGCAGCUUUGGCGUGCAGACCUACGAGCUCACGCCUAACGAACUGUUCGGUCUGGAAAUCAAGACGCGAGGUGACGGUUCACGCUUCGCUGAACUCGUGGUGGAGAAGAGCCUAGACCGAGAAACGCAGUCGCACUACAGCUUUCGCAUCACUGCACUCGACGGCGGCGACCCACCGCAUCUGGGCACCGUUGGCCUCAGCAUCAAAGUAACUGACUCCAAUGACAACAACCCGGUGUUCGGCGAGUCCACCUAUGCGGUGAGUGUGCCAGAGAACUCACCUCCCAACACACCCGUCAUCCGGCUCAACGCCAGCGAUCCAGAUGAGGGCACCAAUGGCCAGGUGGUCUACUCCUUCUAUGGCUAUGUCAAUGACCGCACUCGUGAACUUUUCCAGAUUGACCCUCACAGCGGCCUUGUCACCGUUACCGGUGCCCUGGACUACGAAGAGGGCCACGUGUAUGAACUAGACGUGCAGGCCAAGGACCUGGGGCCUAACUCCAUCCCGGCACACUGCAAGGUCACUGUCAGCGUUCUGGACACCAAUGACAACCCCCCCAUCAUCAACCUGCUGUCGGUGAAUAGCGAACUAGUGGAGGUGAGCGAGAGCGCCCCCCCGGGCUACGUGAUUGCACUGGUUCGGGUGUCCGAUCUGGACUCAGGCCUCAAUGGUCGCGUGCAGUGCCGUUUGCUGGGUAACGUGCCCUUUCGGCUGCAGGAAUACGAGAGCUUCUCUACCAUCCUGGUGGACGGACGACUGGACCGUGAGCAGCACGAUCAGUACAACCUCACGAUCCAGGCCCGCGACGGCGGUGUGCCCAUGCUGCAGAGUGCCAAGUCCUUUACCGUGCGCAUCACUGAUGAGAACGACAACCACCCGCACUUCUCCAAGCCCUACUACCAGGUCAUUGUGCAGGAGAACAACACGCCCGGUGCCUAUCUGCUGUCUGUGUCAGCUCGAGACCCGGACCUAGGUCUCAAUGGCAGCGUCUCCUACCAGAUCGUGCCGUCGCAGGUGCGGGACAUGCCUGUCUUCACCUAUGUUUCCAUCAAUCCCAACUCCGGUGACAUCUAUGCGCUGAGAUCUUUCAACCACGAGCAGACCAAGGCAUUUGAAUUCAAAGUGCUAGCCAAGGACGGUGGGCUGCCCUCCCUGCAGAGCAAUGCCACAGUUCGGGUCAUCAUCCUCGACGUCAAUGACAAUACCCCGGUCAUCACUGCCCCACCCCUGAUCAAUGGCACAGCUGAGGUCUACAUCCCCCGCAACUCCGGCAUAGGCUACCUGGUUACUAUUGUCAAAGCAGAUGACUACGACGAGGGUGAGAACGGCCGGGUCACUUAUGACAUGACGGAGGGUGACCGCGGCUUCUUUGAAAUAGACCAGGUCAAUGGCGAAGUCAGAACUACUCGCACCUUCAGUGAGAGUUCUAAGGCUUCCUAUGAGCUUAUUGUGGUGGCCCAUGACCAUGGCAAGACAUCUCUCUCUGCCUCUGCGCUGGUUCUAAUCUACCUGUCCCCUGCUCUAGACGCCCAGGAAUCAAUGGGCUCCGUGAACUUGUCCCUGAUUUUCAUUAUUGCCCUGGGCUCCAUUGCCGGCAUCCUCUUUGUAACUAUGAUCUUCGUGGCGAUCAAGUGCAAGCGAGACAAUAAAGAAAUCCGGACCUACAACUGCAGUAAUUGUUUAACCAUCACUUGUCUCCUCGGCUGUUUUAUAAAAGGACAAAACAGCAAGUGUCUGCAUUGCAUCUCGGUUUCUCCCAUUAGCGAGGAGCAAGACAAAAAGGCAGAGGAGAAAGUGAGCCUAAGGGGAAAGAGAAUCGCUGAGUACUCCUAUGGGCAUCAAAAGAAAUCAAGCAAGAAGAAAAAAAUCAGUAAGAAUGACAUCCGCCUGGUACCCCGGGAUGUGGAGGAGACAGACAAGAUGAACGUUGUCAGUUGCUCCUCCCUGACCUCGUCCCUCAACUAUUUCGACUACCACCAGCAGACGCUGCCCCUGGGCUGCCGCCGCUCUGAGAGCACUUUUCUGAAUGUGGAGAACCAGAAUACCCGCAAUACCAGCGCCAACCACAUCUACCAUCACUCUUUCAACAGCCAGGGUCCCCAGCAGCCAGACCUGAUCAUCAAUGGUGUGCCUCUCCCUGAGGUGAGUGUUGCUAAGCGCUUCUGCGAGGUCCCCCCAAGCCUGCUUUCUCUGAGCUGCUUGUUGGACAGCAUGGGCCUCUAUGCUGGCCUGGCGUGGCUCCUGGCAGAGGUGGGGAGAAUUUCUCUGCCCGGGACCAAUUCCUUAGUGAGAGUCUGUUACCAGUGGUUCUUGGGGGUAAAGGCAGACCUACAUAUUGGACCUUUGAAGGGCAGCUCCACCUUCAAGGACUUAGAGGGCAACAGCCUGAAGGAUAGUGGGCAUGAGGAGAGUGACCAGACUGACAGUGAGCAUGAUGUCCAGCGGAGCCUGUAUUGUGAUACUGCCGUCAAUGAUGUGCUGAACACCAGUGUGACCUCCAUGGGAUCCCAGAUGCCUGACCAUGAUCAGAAUGAAGGAUUUCAUUGCAGGGAAGAAUGCCGGAUUCUUGGCCACUCUGACAGGUGCUGGAUGCCUCGGAACCCCAUGCCCACCCGCUCCAAGUCCCCUGAGCACGUGCGGAACAUCAUCGCACUGUCCAUUGAAGCUACUGCUGCUGAUGUUGAGGCUUAUGACGACUGCGGCCCCACCAAGCGGACUUUCGCGACCUUUGGGAAAGAUGUCAGCGACCACCCAGCUGAGGAGAGGCCCACCCUGAAAGGCAGGCGGACUGUUGAUGUGACCAUCUGCAGCCCCAAGGUCAACAGCGCGAUCCGGGAGGCGGGCAAUGGCUGUGAGGCGAUUAGCCCUGUCACCUCCCCCCUGCACCUCAAGAGCCCUAUGCCCACCAAGCCUUCUGUGUCUUACACCGUUGCCCUGGCGCCUCCGGCCCGCGAUCCGGAGCAGUAUGUCAACAAUGCCAACAAUGGGCCUUCUCGUCCCUCUGAAGCUGAGCCCCGUGGAGCCGACAGCGAGAAAGUGGUGCAUGAGGUCAACCCCAUUCUGAAGGAGGGUCGUGACAAAGAAUCUCCUGGUGUGAAGCGUCUGAAGGAUAUAGUUCUCUAAACCUGAAGGGAGACAUACCAUGCUGGUUAGCUAAGAAGAAGCAGGAGCUGAUCAUUUUAAUGGCUCACCAAUGGUUGGUUCUUGAGUGGCUGUAUUUCAGAGCUUUCCCUAAAUGUAUUGUUUAUAAAUGACUAUCAUUCUGUGACAAUCCCUCUCGUUUCAACAGGCAGCAGGGGUGUUCAGUUGGAGCAAAUUAGCUUUGGCUUGAGUUGUUCAUGGGGCCUUGAUGUUGGGGAAACAGAGACAAAUUCAGUUGUGAAAAGUAUUAUGUAUUAAGUGUUUGAAUUUAUAUAUUUUUCUAUGUCAGAAUUAUAAUAUAAAUUACCAUUGUUUGUGGAGGAUUACAUUUAAAAAAAAGCAAAAAAAAAAAAAAAACCACAAAAACAAACAAACAAACAAAAAAAUACCCCAAGCUCUGGGCACCUUUAAUAAGCUCGCCACUGUUUUUGUAGCGUAGAGAAGUUAACGGUCAUUUAUUGUGUACUAUUCAUUGAUUCAGUGAUGUGAAAUCGAGCCCCCAAAAGGUUGUUUCUGAAGCUCAAGUACUUUCCAAUGCCGCUACUUUGCUGUGGACACCCCUGCUUUAAGAACCCUUUUGCUAGCUGUGCUAUUAUUGUAUUUGAUAUUGCAAAUUGCUGUGUGUGGUGAUGGCAAAAGGCUUUUAGAGGUUGGUGUUUUUCUUUCUUAAAAAAAAAUAAAAUUACAGACAAAAACAAAGUGCAAACAACUGAGACGGCGAUUGAACGAGCAACACCACACCACAGGUUGAGUACUUGGAGGAUAGUCAUGUGUGGAGGAACCCACGCACUGGUUGCUCACCACCUUACAAAGUAUUUUUCCUGCCUUUCAGUCUUCUGCCCAGAUCCAUGAUAGAUCAUCGCAGAAAGUCAUUUUUGGAUAUUCUGCUAUCUAAUUUGCAGUUGUCAGAAAUACUGUGCUGAAAAUUUUAUGAGAUCCAUUUUUCUAAAUUUCAGGCCCUGAACAGGAAAGUUGCUCCUGAAGUUAUCAGUUCCGGGCUCCGAAAUUCCCUGUCUCCAAUCAUCUAACACUCAAAAAGACUGAAUCUAUUUUGAGAUCUAAAUUAGCAUCUUUUCAGACACAGACUUCCUGAUUCAGUGUUUCCCAAUCACAAUUAGAAUUAGACUGCAAAGCACGUCAUGGGCUGGAAUUGAGAGCUCCAUGUUGCUCUGCAUCGUAGGCUUCUAAAUGGGGAUGGAGUAAACAGUACAAAGUGUACAUUUAGGAAAAGACAGGAAACAGGUAAGAGCGUCAAUCCAAUCAUCGUGCCUUCUAAAUGGAGACACUUGGACACUUGAAAUCGUCUUUUUAUGACUAAUGCUUUUUAAAAUUAAAAAUGUGAACAGGAAACUAUUAAAAUAAAAAUCCUUUUGAUUUAACUAACUCUUUGCUGUAGGCUAGGAAUACACCUUUUUUAUUAACAAGUUUGUUACUCACGUUCUUUUUUGUUUGACAUUCCUCCGACUCCUUCCUUUAUGAACUGUCUGUUAAUAUUCACUAGCCAACAUAGUAUUCGUGCAGCCUAAGAGUUCAUUAUUGAAAAGUAAACAGCUAUGUCACCAUCGCUCUGCCUUUUUCUUAAAAAGAGUUGUUUCUAGAGAAACAAGUUUUAUAGUUCUGUUCUCAUUUGUUUCAUUUUUUUGAAAUGGAAUUGUACCCAGAAAGAAGGCUUAGAGGAUAGAGCACUACUAGAAUGCAAAAGAGGAUUUAUUUUCUUAAGUUUAGGUUAGAUGUCAGCUAUCUUAUAUGUUUUAGUUAUUUUUGCCUAAGUUCCUGGUUUUAUACAUAACUGAGAAUAUUUUCUUUUACGGG